AUGAGUUUGUCUUCUUCUCGUCUCAUGCAAUCGGCAACUGCUUGGAUCCGCACGAGGUUGGGCGAGGUCGGCAAGCUGGCAACAUUCUUCACCUUCUAUGCUCUGUAUGCAUGGAAGGUGUAUCAUCACCAGGUGUGCGGGCGUGAUGAUCCAGGACUAUACCCCUGUCCGCCAGCCUGCUUAUGGCGCCGAUUCGGGUAUCAUUGGCGCAAUCCCGGAACCAUCCUGUCGGUGGUUCUUUUCCAGCCAAGGGAUCCUGCUGACCGACACGACGGCCUCAGCUGCGCCACAUUUUUCAUCGGUGGCCUCCUCGCCGUCGCGCUGGGACCCGCCACGGCAGAUGCGCGCCGCAGUUGCAAUUGGCGUCUCGCCUGGCUGCUGACGUGCGUGCUCCUCCCCAAGGGUUUCCUUAUCGGCUACGGCCUCGCCCGACCCUCUGCUAGCAUGGGCUCAGCAGUCAACACCAUGUUGCCGCGGCACACGGCCAUUGCGCUCUGGCUCUCUCUGGCGUUUCCGUUGUCCUGGCGGCGUCAGGCGCUGCUCUCCGCCUUGUACGUCCUCCACAUGCUGGUUAUCAUUCACCUGGCAGCCACGCGUACGGGACUGCCUUGGCCGUACAGCGGCGUGUCGCGCACGCCGGCGGCCGUGUCUGUAUAUUUGAUCCUGCUCAGCGUGUUGGCGGUGGCGGUGGCGGCUGCCUGGGACUGGCGGCUUGCGGGGCGCCCCGCUACCGCGGCGGCACCACGGAAAAUGGACACCAAGGGCCCCAGCGCAGCCGGGGGCUCAGCGGAUAUAUUCGGCCAAGGCUCUGCUGACGGAGAAAAGCCAGGUCAUCGAGGGGGGGUCGGCCGCACCCGGAAAGUGCUGACGGAGGCGGCGCGGCGGCUGGGAACCCUCCGCCAGCGCAGAGCGGCAGCAGCGGUGCCCGUGGCGGCGGCGCUAACUGUCACCGCCGCCGCCACCAGCUGUACGGACGCUGACGGCGACACCAUCGCGGGAACCUCCGCGGUGGAUGAUGACGGUGAUCAUGAUAUUGUCUAUGGAGCUCGAGGAUUAGGGGCCAUUGCGCCCAAACUUAGAACCGCCGAGUCUCAUGCAGGUCUUGUGCAAUUGCCCGUCGCCGGCGCCGGUAUGAGCGGCGGCGGCGGUGGUAGCUCUGCGGCUGUGCUGCUACAGCCAGAAGGUGAUUCGGCUGCGGCCGCCGUCCCGGGCUGGUGUGUGGCGCGCUACCGCUUGAAGCCGCAGCUGCGUUACCGCUCCGUCGUCAAACCAACUAGGAUGCAUAUCAAGAUGAGUGGCGUGACGCCACAGCAGCUGCAUCCCGGAGUGGUUGCCGUACUGUCGGAAGAUCUGGGAACGCGGGGAUUCUUGCUGGGGGACUUAGCGGUGCGCAGCGGCUGCAUUGAAGCAGUUCUGGAGCUGCAUGACAUUGGCGGCGGCGGUCGCCUGUACGACAGUGAGCUUCACGUUGACCUUGUCCGUCGUGUUGUCUUGGUGCUGGCGGCGGCGACGGGUGGGAUCGCUGCCGCUGCGGCGGCGAAGCGGCCCGUGCAGGUGCAUGUGGCCGGGGUGUCGUACCUAGUAACGUUUGUCGGCGACAUCGGCGACGCCGGCGGUCAGCACAGCGCCUACACCGCGGUAGUCGACGACCGGGGCAACUCGCAUCCUGUUCUCCCCGCGGCAGCCGCAUCUCAGGCAUUGUGUGGUGCGGCUGCCACUGCCCUCUCCCCCGCUGCCGCCCGGCCGCACUUGGCUGCCGUGCUGCCGCCGUGUAUGACCUUGGCGCCGCUGGCCGCGACCCGGCAGGGCUUUGCCGCCGGCGAAGAUCUAACGUACUGCACGACUGCGGUGGGUGCACUUCCGGUACCGGUGGCGGCGACGGUGGCGGCGACGGCAACGGCAACGGCGGCAGCUGAGGGUGUCUUUUGCGGUGCAGCGGCCACCCAGUUGGAGUUUACGCUGAUUGUCAGCCACCACCACCACAGCCUCCCGUCUGCCAGGGCCUUAGGUAGGAGUUGCGACGCGGCGGGGCCCACAUCGCCGCCAAUGCCGCCCCCGUUACGUGAAGUGGUCGCCUGGCAGCGCGGUUGCUUCCUGCCGGUCACCAUUGUGGAGGAGGAGGAGGAGGAAGAGGAGGGGGAGGAGGGCGUACGGCAGCCCUCCCGGGGGGCCCAUCUGCGCAAUCAACUCAGGAACAGGGCCUUUCGGUCGUACAGAGUACGAGUGGAUGCCCGCGAUAUUCAGUAUGGACUGCUUUCUUUUGGAUUCGGGGGUAGUGGUGGCGACGAAGUGGUGUCGGCAGAAGGCAGCGGCGCCGUACCCCCGGCGCCUCCGAGGGAUUUUGCCGGCUGUGCGCUGCUACUGCCGCCGGGCCUGGCCGCCAUUGCGGACGAGCUGCUACAGCCCCUGACGGAGGACCUGACGGCGAUGCUGACGGAACGCGACGCCGACGGCGUGCAGUCUGUGGUAGAUUUCCUUACUGACCUGGCGGCCUGGCUACUAUCGCACGGCGGUACGACAGCCCUGCUGCCCCGUACGGUGACCCCGACGGGUUUCCAGCUGGCGACGCCGCCGUGUUCGCCGCGGCCGGCGCUGACCGAGGAGAUGGGCUGGACGGCGCCGCCGCCACCGUCGGCUGCAGCUGCUACUGCUGGUGCUACUGCGGUGGCAGCGGCGGCGGAAACCUGGGGUUGCAGCGGCAACAGACAUAGCAGCACUGCAGCCCUCAGCACUAGUGCACUCGGCACCAGUAGUACCUGGUGGGCAUGGACGGCAUACGGUCUCGUCCCAAGUACGGAUACUGAAAGCGAAGUCAGGUUAUUGACCACGAGCCAUACACAGCUGACGACACGGUGUCCAGAAGACACCACUAGGGGGGUCGGUCCGGGUGUGAAGAACGAUAACAAUGAUAAUAAUGAUGACAAUCAUAAUAACAACAGCGAUGCGAUGCCACGUGCAAUUUCGUGGGGCAGUCUGCCAUCCGCUUCGGAGGACUUGCCGUACGUGUACGACGUAUCCAGCACUGGCGGAGUGUGCCGUCCGGAGGUUGGUUCGGGGACUUCGUUUGGCGAUGGAGAUAGAAACUGGCACCGGACAGAGGAAGGUGGUGGCGGCGGCGGUGGCGGCGGCGGCGGCGGCGGCGGUGGCGGUGGCGGCGGCACCGAGGCCCUGGUGGGAACGGAAGGAUUGGAGGGGGGAGGAGCGGGAGAAGAAGGAAACAUCGGACGAACUGUAGCAGCAGUCUCCCUGGACACGUCGAGUCGGUAUGUGGCUGUAGCAUCGGCUGCGGAGGCCACAGAGCCGUUAGCCUCCAGGCCCCGAAUGCUUGACGGGGCGCGACUGGACCUGCGGGCGGCCAUGAUCGCAGAUGCCGUACGACUGGCGCAGGGCAAGGCAGAUACGACAAGCGCGGGACGGCGCGCACGGGAGGAGCGGCACUGGCGUCUGUUGGAGUAUGCCGUACAGUGCGGUUGGCUGACGGUGGUUCAGCUAUUGCUAGGGCAACAUGGCAUGGUGGCAGGUGGCGAGUGUGGCGGUAGCGCAUGUUCGUACAACGGUUGGCGGUUGGAGCUGGCCGAGCAAUUCCAUUAUGGUAUGGUGGGCGUCAUGGAGCCCACUUUGCUGCACUGCGCCGUCGGCAGCGGUGUGCCGGCCGUCGUCGACGCCGUGGUGGCGGCGGCCCAGAUGUACGGUGUGUACGGUCAUCCAUGCGGCAUGUACGGCACAUGGACAACGCUCGCACGUCUACCAGGGCCGUGGAUGCCGUCACCGCCGUCACCGCCAAUGGCAACGGCAAAUGUGGCAGAUGGGGUUGUGACGCCGCUGGAUGUCGCCAUGUCGCUGCCCGACGGCGGCGUCAUGUUGUCGUACAUUCUAGAGCGGUACCCUGCUGCUGCCGCUGCCAUCGCCACCGUUGCAGAGUAG